AUGGCCUCACCAAUACCCUCAAUUGGCGCCCUCCGCGCCCUACGCCAAUCGAUACAGCCUCAAGUGCGGCAAACGACCCAAGUCCGACAUGCGACACUCAUCAAGCGACCGAAACGCCCCUACACCUUCACACAGCUCAUCACUUUAUCCGAUGGCAGCUCCUUCACACUGCGCACGACGAACCCGCAACCCGUAUACAAGAGCGCGAAAGAUAUAAGGAACGCGCCGUUGUGGAACCCCAGUUCACAAAAGCUGUUGAACGUGGAGGAGGACGAGGCAGGAAGAUUGGCGGCUUUCCGCGCGAAGUUUGGUAGAGGUUGGGAUACAGAUGCGGAGAAGGGCAAGAAGCAAGGUGAUCACCUUAUGGACCUGAUUAGCGGACAGGGCACAGGUCCAACGAAGCCGACGCCAGCAGCCAAAGGACCUAUUGUGAAGCCACCGAAGAUAGAAGGAGGAAAGGAAAAGGGUGAUAAAUAG